AUGGCGGAAGUGAAUAAAAAGAAAGAGGAGUUGAUGGUGCCGAGAAUAAAUCCCCGUUGCCCUGCGGACUCGAACCCAUAUUCUCAGUGGCAAACUUCCACGCCUUUACCAGCCGAGAUAACCCCGUGGGGCAAGAGACGGGGAAAGAGAGAGAGAGAGAGAGAGAGGAGUCAGCCGAGAAGGUGCGGCGAGUGUGAUUCGCUCCUACGUCUGCUCCGGUCUCUGCAUCGGGAGAUCCUCGCGGGCGCUCGCUCCUUCGCGAUCCGCUGUCUCCCUCCACUGAGCGGUAGAAUGAUGGCCGCCCCACUUCUGUUGGUGCUGAUCGUUUCCACUUUCCUGCAGAUUUGGGCGUCGGAUCCGCUGUUCUUCGAGCCCUUUGAUGAGUCGUUUGAGGGGCGGUGGAUCGUUUCCGACAAGGCGGACUACCAGGGCAUAUGGAAAUACUCCAAGAGUGAUGGGCAUGAAGACUAUGGGAUGCUUGUGAGUGAGAAGGCGAGAAAAUAUGCCAUUGUCAAAGAACUUGAGGGGCCAAUUGUUGUCAAGGAUGCAACUGUUAUUCUUCAGUUUGAAGUUCGAUUACAAAAUGGACUUGAAUGUGGAGGUGCAUAUCUGAAAUACCUCCGUCCUCAGGCUGCUGAUUGGAGUCCUAAGGGAUUUGACAAUGAGUCCCCAUUUACCAUCAUGUUUGGACCUGAUAAGUGUGGAUCCACGAAUAAGGUGCAUUUUAUCCUCCAGCACAAGAACCCUAAAACUGGCAAGUACGUGGAGCAUCAUCUGAAGUAUCCUCCAUCAGUUCCAUUUGACAAAAACUCGCAUGUUUAUACUGCUAUUUUAAAACCUGACAAUGAGCUGAAAAUUUUGAUUGAUGGCGAAGAGAAGAAAAAAGCUAAUUUCUUGUCUGCUGAUGACUUUGAACCGGCUCUAAUUCCACCCAAGACAAUACCUGAUCCUGAUGAUCAGAGACCUGAGGACUGGGAUGAAAGAGCUAAAAUUCCAGACUCUGCUGCUGUAAAGCCUGACGACUGGAAUGAAGAUGCACCACUGGAGAUUGAAGAUGAGGAAGCUGUCAAGCCGGAAGGAUGGUUGGAUGAUGAGCCUGAGGAAAUUUAUGACCCUGAAGCCACAAAGCCAGAAGAUUGGGAUGACGAAGAGGAUGGAGAAUGGGAAGCACCAAAGAUAGACAACCCAAAGUGUGAAGAAGCACCUGGAUGUGGAGAGUGGAAGAGACCCAUGAAGAGGAACCCAGCAUACAAGGGAAAAUGGUCUGCUCCUCUAAUUGACAAUCCAAACUACAAGGGUAUCUGGAAACCCCAAGAGAUGGAUAACCCUGAAUACUUUGAACUUGACAAGCCCAAUUUUGAGUCCAUUGCUGCCAUUGGUAUUGAGAUAUGGACUAUGCAGGAUGGCAUUCUGUUUGACAAUAUUUUGGUAGCUAGUGAUGAGAAGGUUGCUGAGUCUUAUCGGCUGGAGACAUGGAAACCUAAAUACAAGGCUGAGAAAGAAAAAGAGGAGACUGAAGAAGCAACUUAUGGGUUCAGAGAUGCUCUUUCAGGUUUCCAGAAGAACAUAUUCGAUCUCCUUUACAAGAUAGCAGACAUUCCUUUCUUGGAGCCCUACAAGAUUAAAAUCAUAGAUGUUAUCGAUAAGGCAGAGAAACAACCUACUCUCACCAUCGGAGUCUUGAUUUCCAUAUUAAUUGUAUUUGUUACGGCUAUAUUCAGGCUUCUCUUUGGCAAAAAGAAGACUCAGGCUCCUGUAGUAUCGACUUCUGAAACCAACAUCAAAACCGCUGAGAACGAUGCUCCAGGGAGUGCAGAGGACAAAGAGGAGAAUGAAAAGGUUGACGAUGCAUCUGGCCUUCGACCUAGGAGGUCAAGGAGGGAGACGUAAAGUGGCAAGGUUUUAAAAUUUUUGUGUGAGCUAGAUUUGCCCAAUGCGACACCAGGUUCCUCGAUAGCAAUGCCACGCCUAGCUAAGUGAAACUCUUCCUCUGUUCUUCGAUUGUGGUUUAACAGACUCGAUUGCACUUCAAUUUUCCAACUCCUGAAAGAUCUUCAGGAAUGGAAAUUUACGUAGAUGUAGUUCCUUAUAAUCUUUUUUGGAAAGUUUUUCUUCUCAAAAGGAAUCGUAUGUAUAUUUGAAUACUAGUCAUGUUCCGUCCCAUGUUA